CUGGCAGACAUGACUCAGGGAUAAACCUUUAAAUAGCCCGGACGCUCCCUUGCUUUGCGCAUGCGUACUCAAACAAAUCCAUUACCAUGUCAAACCACAGAAAUGAAACGUUUCUCUGAAAACUACCCGAUAAAGUGAACUGAACGAGCAGUUUGGAUCACUGGAGAGUCGCUUAGGGGCUUGUUAAACAGCAACAACAUGUUUGGUAAAAAGAAGAGAGCACCGCAGCCCAAAGGCCAGGGUGCUGCUGCAGCCAAGCAGAUGGGUCUGUUCGUAGACCUGGACCCUGAGGAGAUGAUGAUGGGUAUGGAGGGGAAUCUGGACGACCCGGACUUGGAGGCUGAACUUGCUGCUAUCACUGGAAAUAAAGCUGCUGCAGGAGGAAGAGCCAAGCAGAAGGGGAAAAGUCCGCUGCCCAUGGAAGACAUCACAAGAAUGGCUGACGAGUGUAUGAGAGAUGUGGAUGAGGAUGAAGAUGACAGUAACCUGGAAGAUGAUGAAGAUCUAUUGGCAGAGCUACAGGAAGUGGUGGGUGAGGGGGAGGCUGAGGAUGCCGUAGCUGUUUCCUCCACAUCCUCUGCCACUGCAGAAUCUUCUCAAGCUGAAACGCCAGAGUCCCCACCGCCGCAGCAGCAGGAAGUAAAGGUCUCCUCAGCUGCGCCCGGCAGCCUCCAACACACCCUGGAGGAGAGAGCAGCCAUGUACAAGACGGCCUUACAAAACGCCAAGACUGCAGGGGAGACCUCCAAAGCCAGGAGAUAUGAUCGCGGCCUGAAGACUCUGCAGUCAAUGUUAGCUGCUGCGAAAAAAGGGAGACCAGUGAAUGAGGCAGAGAUCCCUCCUCCUGUUGCCACUGGAGCCCCGAGUGCAGCCUCUAAGCCGGCUGUUCCCCGACGACCUGCUCCCCCUGUACCCUCACCUCCUGAAUCCACUCCUUCCGAUCAGCAGGGGGAAUCGGAGGCCACAACGCCGCCGCCUGCUGUACCAGACAUCGUCACCCCCAGCAGCGAAGAAGAGCAGUCGUCCUCCGCCACCCUGCCCACUCUGAGCAGCGUCCCAUCACCAGAGGAGCCGACAGAGGAACCCGCCGACCAGUCUCGGACCAUUCAGACAUCGAGCGAGGCGACCAAGACGAUGCUUUUGGAGAGGCAGAAAGAAUACAAGAUGGCAGCUCUGAGAGCCAAGAAGCAGGGAGACGUGGAGCAAGCUAGGCUUUACUUCAAGACCAGCAAGAGUUUCGAUGCAGUGAUGGAGGCGUUGGAGAAAGGACAAGCAGUCGACCUGAGUGGCCUUCCUCCAUCUCCAGGGCACGGUGCAGAAGGAAGCUCUGCUCCAGUGAAGGAACCUUCCUCCGGGCAAAAGAUAGAAGUCACCCAUGCGGUUGCAGCAGCUCCAGCCCCUGCCCCCCCAUCAGCCCCUGCAGCUCCCAAAGACGUGCUGGAGGCUCUCGAGCAGAGACGAGCCAAGUAUGUGGAGGCGUCCAAUCAGGCCAAAGCCAGUGGAGACGACCGCAAGGCCCGAAUGCACGACCGUAUCGCCAAGCAAUACCAGAGUGCCAUCCGAGCUCACAAAGCAGGAAAAGCAGUCAACUUUGAGGAGCUGCCGGUUCCCCCUGGUUUUCCUCCAAUCCCGGGCCAGAAGGCAACAGGAGCAGAGCAGGGAUUCGUUGCUGCUCUGGAGGCAGCCGAUAAGCUUGCCUCCACUGAUGCUGCCGUAAUAGCAGAUGAAGAAGAUGAGGAGGAGGAGGAGGAGGAGUCUAAGUCAGCUGUUCCAGAAGUGCCAAAGAAGCCCACGUUGGACGUCCCCACCGCCGGUCAGGGAAGGAAAAGGACUCCAUCAGCUUCUCCUGAAAGAACAGCCGCCAGGGAAGGACUCUCACCAACAGGUCAGUCCCCAAAAGCGGUUCAGCAGCUGGAGUUCCUGGAGGGCAGGAAGAAGCAGUACUUGAAGGCGGCUCUGCAGGCCAAGCAGAAGACCGACAUGGAGCAGGCCAAGAUUUUCCUCCGCACCGCCAAGAGCUUCGACCCCAUAAUCGAGGCAGCGCGCAGUGGCAAAACUGUGGAUAUCAGCACGGUGCCGUCGCCACCUGGUGACGAAGACGACGACUUCAUCCUGGUUCAUCACAGCGACGUGCAGAUCUCAGAGAAAGCAGAGCAGGUUUACACACAACUGGCCAAGAUCCUCAAAGAGCAGCGUGAGAAAUGUAUGACUUACUCCAAGCAAUUCACACACCUGGGGAACGUCACCGAAACAACAAAGUUUGAGAAGAUGGCGGAGAGUUGUAAGAAGAGUCUGGAGGUCCUGAAGCUGGCUCAGUCCAGAGGUCUGCCUCCUCCUAAACAUCACUUUGAGGAGAGAUCGUUUCACACCGUCAGGAUAUUUCCAGAGCUGAGCAGCACUGACAUGGUUGUUAUUAUAGUCAAAGGGAUGAAUCUUCCUGCUCCUAGUGGAAUCCAAGCAAACGAUCUGGAUGCCUACGUUAAGUUUGACUUCCCCUACCCCAGCACGGAGCAGCCGCAGAAACACAAAACAGCUGUCAUCAAGAACACUAACUCCCCAGAAUAUAACCAGAGCUUCACCCUGUCAAUCAACCGUAACCACCGCGGCUUCAGGAGGGUGGUGACGUCCAAAGGCAUCAAACUGGAGCUGCUGCACAAAGGCGGUUUCUUGCGGAGCGACAAGCCGAUCGGGACGGCCCUCGUAAAGCUGGACAAACUGGAGUCACAGAGCGAAGUCAGAGAGAUCGUAGAGGUGAUGGACGGUCGUAAGGCCACAGGAGGUCGUGUUGAAGUGAAGAUCCGGCUUCGGGAGCCUCUGAGCGGACAGGACAUGCAGACGAGCACUGAGCGCUGGUUGGUGAUCGACCAGUCACAGGUUCUUGUUUAGAUGCUGCUGCAAGAUUAAAGAUGAUUCACAAGAUAAAGAUUAAAAGCACUUAAUCAAAAAUACUCGGAGGAGGAGGAGGAGGAGGAGAGAGGACGGAGUUUGGGAUGUUGUGAUGAGGACGGUCUGUCAUUCAGACUGGACUCAGACCUACACGGGUCUUUGACUUGUUCAAACUUUUGCACAUUUGCAAGACACACGAGCUCCCUUUCACACUGCAGUCCACCAGGAGGAGACGUGGAGCUAGUUUACGGUAGGUCAGCUGGUCUCUGGCUCGGUGACAUGAACCUCGUGUCUGUCUUCAGUCUGAGCAACAGCUAGCCAACGAUGACACCAGCUGAUCGAGCAAAAGGUUGUUCUCUGUUUGUCAUCAUCACUGGUGGAUCACACAGAUUGUUCGCCGGGUGAAUGCAGAUAUACUGUAAGAUCGUGAUGCAUCAGGCAGACGAGGUGAAGGCUCCUUGUGAGAUUCAAAUCAGAGAAAACUAGCAGCGAUCACAGUUGCCCAAAAAAGUCUCCUCGUGCAUCACUCCAUCUCCUGGAUGUGUCCUCUGCUAAUGUUGAAGGGGCUCGGUGUCGAGCUAACCUGAUCCUGCUGCCCGACAUGACUCUAGUUAAUAUAAUAUAUCAAAGAAUGUGUACAUAUUCCUCAUAUAUAUACAGCUCUGGUAUCUAGAACUGCACCUAUGCACUAAUACCAAAGUAAUCACUAUUGCUGUAAAAUCCUGCAUAUUUGAAAUCGCCUUUAGCUGCUAAACCUGCUGCGAUGACACGAGAGCUUAAUAUGUGACGGGACAUUUACGGGCUGUUUUUAUUAUUUUUCCACACAAUUCAUCUGGUUUUCAGUGUGAGAACGCAGGCAGAUGCAGCACCCUCAUAGAUGUUUUACAGGAGCAAGCCAAGAAAUUAUGAUACUAUACAAGGUACGAUUAUAUAAUUGUUUUGAAGGCCACACUCCCUUUUUUUGGCACCUUUCACUUUGAAGUCCUCUAACUGUGGUCACUAAACUGCACUCACUUAUUUGUGGCUUUUGGUGUGUUAGAUUUAUAUUUGUCUUGUUUACACUCAAUAGCAUAUCAGCUGAGCUUGGCUGAUCUAUAAUUGUAUAACAAAAAUGUAAGAGUUUCAGUCUAAAAAGCUAAAUAUUCAUUUUAUUUCAAGGCAAACACCCAUUGUUACACAGAUGAUGAGGUGGUUAAAAAGUAAUUUUUAAGUAAACAUCAGUGGACGACUAAACUUUAAUAGCAUCCUGUACAUAUUUUAGUUAAAGGAAUAUUUUGUCCUUUUGGGAAAUACGUUUAUUUUUGCUUUCCUGCAGAGAGUUAGAUGAGAAGAUCGAUACCACUCGUGUCUGUGUGUUUAAACAUGAAGCUAGAAACAGGACGCAAUUAGCUUAGCUUAGCAUAAAUACUAGAAGCAGGGGGAAACAGCUUGCCUGGCUCUCUCCAAAGUUAAAAAAUACACCUACCAACACCUCUAAAGCUCACUAAUUAACACGUUCUGUCUCAUUUGUUUAUUCUCUACACGAACAGAAAUGUAAAAAGCGACAAUUUGUGGUUUCAGAGGGAGUCAAGUGCUGUAAAUAUUUCUUGGCGACUAGCGGCCAGGAGCAGUGACUUCCUGGAGUCUCUGCUGGUUUUGUGGCAACCCCACGGUGACAACAAGACUCCAGUUUUAUGAGCUUUAGAGGUGCUGGCAGGUGUAUUAUUUUUAACUUUGGACAGAGCCAGGCUAGCUGUUUCCCCCUGCUUCCAGUCUUUAUGCUAAGCUAAGCUAAUCGCCUCCUGAUAGCAUAUUUAACACACAAACGAGAGUGGUAAAGAUCUUAUCAUCGAACUCCCCACAAGAAAGCAAAUAAGUGUAUUUCCCAAAAUGUCGAACUAUUCCUUUAAAUGAGUGGCACUACCUUUUACAACUAUGCAGCAGAUACUGAAUAUUUGGAUGAAUCCUUCUUCUUUUUUUUUUAAAAAGCCAGUUCACCCAAAUUACAGAAGGCUUUAUAUUUUCUUACUUACCUGUUACGGCAUCAGCUGUUCAAAGUUUUAAAAAACAUUUAAAAUUUUCAAGAACAAUAAUGAAUCUCAACUUUAAGCUAACAUGGAAAAGACGUCCUUAAAGUGUUUCCAAGACAACAGCUACUAAAUGAUUAUUCUAAAUGAAUUAUGGUGAGACUGUUAACGUGUCUCUUCACAAACAACAUCCCAUGUAAGUAGUUUCAUUGGAACAACUUUCUACCAAAGAUUUAAAAGAGUAACCAGAACGAAAGAAAUAAAGGUGAGAUCAUUUCUUUUGUAGUAAUUUGAGUGAACUGGCCCUUUUUUAAAGUUUCAACUGCAGCAUUGUAAUAAAUGCUACACAAGAAGCCAUAACAAACACACUGAGCCAACUACAUAAGUACCAUUUUCCAACAGGUUUACCUCGACACAUUAUUUAGUUGCCAGACGUUUCUGUGGUCACAAAAUUUCUGUUUUCAACAUCAUGAAUCAAUGUAACGGACAAAUGAUUUAUUAUAGACAAACGUACUGUUACCCAUCAUUCUGUCCUCUGUUAAAACGUUUUGAUCACCUAUUUGUUUACAAAGAUGAAUGAUGUCACAUUGUUUAUUUACAAAAUGCUACAAAAAUGUCUAAAACAGAUUCAAGGCUAUAUUUUGUUUUAAAUUGUGGACUGAAUUCGCCUAACCUGCUUAAAAAUGUACCAAUUAAAAAUACCUUGUUUUAAA